CCCAUCUCCUCAAGUCGUCAGCUCGUCCGGCCUCACUUUUUAGCUAGGUACCUAACCUUCCAAGGUUAUCAGCCAACGCAUCGAACCCAAUCUUCAAUUUUUGUAGAAAGGGGUUCUUCAUCUCAUCAAUAAAGCCAUGAUUCGGUAACAAUCAUAUAAUCUAUUUGUAGCGUUACGCACGCUACGUUAUCUAGAUAUCUACCUGCCUAACCUAUAGGUAGAUACAUAAUUAGUGCUUCACUUGCAUUUCUAUUCCGAUCGACCUUCACGAUCGGCCCUCUGCCUGCAGGUCGUCAACCCCGAGUGGCCAAAGUCCCAACAAUCCUGCAUUGGUGUUUGUUAUCCAUCCUCGUACAAUACAAUAUUUCAGGAGAAGAGCGCUACCUCCUCUCUUUAUCUAUCUACAUUUACCGUCUUCGGGCUUUGAUAACCACCACCUUCAACGCCGGACAGUAGCGAGAUAUCAUCAUGGAUAGUGUCUUCGUGGCUAAUCGGUGUGACUCGCUCCGCGAGGGCGGGUUCACCAACUUCUUCGUUUCCAUACUUAUCGUUCUCGGUAUCAUGCUAUCCUACGUCACACAACACUACCGGAUCAUUUCUCGUGGCUCUUCCGAAGGCAUCUCACCCUACUUCGUCCUACUUGGUGUCACAUCAGCAAAUGCCCAGUUCGGGAACAUUCUUACAUUGCCCCAAUCACGAGCCGAUGUCGCUUGCUGUAAAGAAGUCAGCCCUUUCGAAUGCACGGCCGGACUGUUGGGUAUUGCCCAAAUCGGAACACAAUGGAUUUGCUUCGCCGUCAUUCUUGUCCUAUUCCUGGUCUUCUUCCGUAGAGACGAUGCCGACCUCUCGGACGACGAGUGCGAGCGUGAUCCCGACCAACCUACCUGGAAGACUGCUAUUACAGUUGCUGCACUGUGCUUGAUUCAUGGCCUAUUCGUCGUCAUUAUCUCGGCUGCAUUUGCGUUCGGUGCCCCUUCAUACCUAGGUGCUUGGGCAAACUUCCUGGGCAUCAUGGCUGCUGUGUUGGCAGCUAUCCAAUAUAUUCCUCAGAUCUACACUACGUACAGAAUAAAGCAUGCAGGCAGUCUCAGCAUCUUGAUGAUGUGCAUACAAACCCCCGGCGGCUUUCUCUUUGCUGGCAGUUUGGCAGCUCGCCUUGGCUGGGCAGGCUGGAGUUCUUGGGGUGUAUAUGUGAUGACAGCUAUAAUGCAAGGCAUAUUGUUGGUCAUGGCUAUCUCUUUUGAGUGGCCCUCACAGGAGGAACGAGACCAGUCUACCCCGCAACCACAACGACCACCAUAUAACCGACGCACUACGCCUAGAGUCUUGCCGUCGCCCGGUCCGUACUCGGCUCACUUACAGGCGUAUGGAGAAACGCAAGAAGAAAUCGAGCGCGCCUUGGACCGUGAGAGUGUUCAAGGAGUCGGAGAAAACCAACCACUUCUAGCACCAGGAGGACUGGGCAGUUCAGGUGUGCGCUAGAGAGCUAGCUGUUUUGUGGCCAAAGUGUUUAUUCCAGUGCUUUUCUAUUCAGAUUUAGGUCUGACAACACGAGAACGAACAACCCCAUGUACUUUGCAUCGCUAAAACGUAAAAGUAGAGGCGAUGCAAAAACGUAUGUGUGGUUAUUACUACCUACAUAGUACACAUGUAUAUGUGAAGUUCUUAGCCAGCGCAAAUGAAGUGAGCUACCAAGGUAUUAUGCAGGACUUAGGUAUAUAGUAUGAAAUUAGGUACAUAUUAAAUUGAUAAGAGAUGAACUGACAGAA